CCACUCUGGUCAGCCAAGCGGUCUGACUUCCCAUUCAACAUGAAGUCUCUCCUUAUUCUGGGGCUUGUCCUCCUUUCUGUCACCGUCCAGGGCAAGGUCUAUGAAAGGUGUGAGUUAGCCAGAACUCUGAAAAGACUUGGCAUGGAUGGCUUCAAGGGAAUCAGCCUGCCAAACUGGGUGUGUUUGGCCCAAUGGGAAAGCAGUUAUAACACACGAGCUACAAACUACAAUCCUGGAAGCAAGAGCACUGAUUAUGGGAUAUUUCAGAUCAAUAGCCGCUACUGGUGUAACGAUGGCAAAACCCCAAAAGCAGUUAACGCCUGUGGUAUAUCCUGCAACGUUUUGCUGCAAGAUGACAUCACUCAAGCUGUAAAAUGCGCAAAGAGGGUCGUCAGUGAUCCACAAGGCAUCAGAGCAUGGGUGGCAUGGAAAAAUCAUUGUCAAAACCGAGAUCUCACUCAGUAUACUAAGGGUUGCGGAGUGUAACUGGAAUUUUUCCUCUUCAGCUCAUUUUGUCUCUUUUUCAUAGUAAGAGAGUAGUUGAAUACUGUUCUUUCACACAAAUAAUGUUUUUACAGAAGUAGGAGCAAAAUAUGGUCUCUCUUCUAAGAUGCUAAAUGCUUCUUUUCAGUCCUUAGUUGGCUUUUUCUCUGCUAUUAUUUUUAACUGUGGCAGUACCCCAGGACUCAAGCCUAUAAUCAUUUUAUAGACUACAUAUUUUACUUAU